UCAUAACAUAGUUGUCAGCGUUUGGCGCUAAAAAUAUUGGACCUUUAAUCCAACCUUUGAAAGUGUAGUGAAAACAAGUCAACUUAAGUUAAGUGCAACAUGAGUGAUGAUUUAGAAAUUGAUUCACUCCUAGACUCAGUAUGCCAAGAGCUAGAGGAAUCACCAACACCAACUUUAAAACCAAUUAGCAAAGAUAACGAGGAUGAGAUAUUUUUGAAUUCAAUAGAUAACUUCGAGAAGUCCCAAGGCACAUCAAGACAAAAAAGUAACUUGAGUGCAAAGAAGAUUAGAGAUCCCAAAAGUGUAGUGCAUGCUGGUGAAACUGAUAGUUCAGAUGACGAAGAAAAUAGGAAUCAUGAGUAUAAGUACAAUGAGUGUGGCAAGUCAAUUAAGGAAUUGCUUCAAACAGAAGGAAACAGCAGUGAAAGAAAUCCCUCAGCAAUGUCCACUUGGACUUCAAAACGCCAAUUGGGUUUGCCAGAGAAAAAACCAGAUCUUUCUAAAGAAGUCUUUACUGAUCCUCUAUUUGGAAUCAGGAUUGUGAAGCCACUUAUCUCACAAGCUUUGAUCAAAGAAAGGAUGAGCGGACGCGAGGCGAUAUCCAUGAGUCAAGUAUCGAGAUUCUUACUCAGAGUGAAUCCGCAAAGUGACUGGGUGAUCGCCGGUGUUAUAGUCCAUAAAUUAUCCAAAACAUCGCAAAAAGGAAAGCCGUUCGCGAUUUGGACUUUGAGCGAUCUUCACGGCGAGUUAAAAACCGUUUCAGUAUUUCUCUUCAGCAGUGCUUACAAUGAAAUGUGGAAGUUGCCUGUGGGCACAGUUAUUGGGAUAUUAAAUCCUAAUGUGUUUGAUAAGAAGGAUGGAUCCAAGGAUGAAGCUUGUUUAAGUGUGGAUAAUUACCAGAGGGUAAUGAUAUUUGGACAAUCCAAGGAUUUGGGAACGUGCAAGAGUAAAAAGAAGAGCGGUGAGCAAUGCACGGCUUUCGUGAAUACGAAUAAAUGCGAAUUCUGCAUUUUUCACAUUAAGCAAGAGUAUCAGAAGUGCAGCGGAGGUAGAUCCGAGCUGCAGGCGAAUUACACUGGACGUGGUCUCACUGCGCUGAGGAAUAAAGUCUUGGGUAAAAACGAGGUGUUUUAUGGUGGAAAGUCUUUUAGCGCUGUUCCCGCUGCGAAGAGUAAAAAGUUAGCAGCCAAAGACCAAAACAGGAUCAAUUUAUUAUCAGGAAUGGCUCCUCUUGUUCCUGCAGUCAACAAUAUUAAAACAAGUAAUGCUCCUAGGGUGAAAUCGGCUGUGAGAUUGGAGUCUUCUCCUGCGCAAAGAGCCAAAGAUCUUGAGCUACUGAAGAGACUUGGUGGCGAAAUUACGACUACAACGAGCGAUGUCCUCGGUCUUCCAAAACCCAACGUCUUGAGUAAACCUCUGAGUUCUGAAGUUACUUUAGAGGAAUCCAAAACUACUGCUAUUAGUGUGAUACAGAAGUUGAAAGCUAAAAACGCAGCAGAAAAAGCACCACCUGCUGAAAAAGAACCAAUUAGAAAGGAACCAGCGAAACCGAAAAACAUAGAACUUCAAGCGUUCGAUAUUCCUCUACUUUCUGGUUUAGGCGAGGAAACGGUGGAUCUCUCGUCGCCAAUUUCCAAGAAGCACGUCGAUCGGGCGAAGAUGAACGCUUUGAAAUGGGUGCAACGUAACGGACCUUUAAAAGCAGAGGAUCCCAACAGCGUUAAAGACAAACGCGGAAAGAAACGCGCUUUGGAGGUAUCCGAACGGGUGGAAACGGAUCCGAAGAAAGCGAAAAUCCAGAACAACGAAUUUUUCUCGGAACGCUUCAAGAAAAUGAUGGCAGCCACAUCAAAGCACAUGGAUUUGCUGGAGGCGCAUCAGAACGAAGAGCAGGAGAAGUAUUUCAAUAAAUUGGAGUUGAAGGAGCGGAUGGAGGAGAAAAUGUCGAACACCUUUAAGGUUGAAUGCAAAGCUGUGAAAUGCUUGAAAUGUAAAUAUACGAAUUUCUCCGCGUCGGAUUUGUGCAAGCAGGAGAAGCAUCCUCUGAAAGUGUUCGACGCUUUCAAGAGGUUCUUCAAGUGCGGCGAUUGCGGCAACAGAACUGUCAGUUUGGAUAUAGUGCCGAUACGUGGAUGCAAAAAUUGCGGCAGUGGCAAAUGGGAGAAGACUAGUAUGAUGAAGGAGAAAAAAGUUACUGCGAUGCAUUCGCUAUCAAUACGAGGGGGUGAACAGAAGUUCGCCAAUUCCGUUGCAACAAACGCGAGUCUCGAUUUGCUGGUUUGCAAAAAAUUCAAUGAUGUUGGAAGCAACCUGCUUUCUAGAGGAUUCAUGCAGAUUGAAAAGAAGCAUGCUGCGAUCUUCAAGCGCGUUAAGUCGAUGCUGCCGAGGAGGGAAUCCGAACGUAGAGUUCAUCCACUCUUCAGACACUGCGACAUUCUAUCCGCUGUCGAAACGAGAAUAAGCAUGUUGAAUAUGACCUACAUGAAAUACAUACAGAACAAUUUGUGCUGCUUUAACCCUGGGAAGGUUUUGGAUGAAUUGGACAGGGUUUUGGGUAUUGUCGAGAAAUCCGGAACACCUCCAAAGACUCAUGAGAUCUUGCAGGAACUGCGCGAUAUAAGUAGCAUGGCUAUGGAGUACUUUGACGAGAAGAUACUGCCUACAAUAAAAUGCCAUACGACAAGCUCAUUGAUGUCAUUCGCACCGUCAGUUUCUCGAGUGCCAAAAGUAUAUGUUGUACAGCCGGGUGUGCAGGAGGAGGUUCUCAAAGUAGCAAAGCUCAAUAAGAAACAGAAGGAGCAAAUAAUGUGCUUAUCCAAGAUCGUCCACAAACUAUACAACAAGAUUGAGAAACAGAGCGUGACGAUCAAACAUCAGACGAAUCUCAUACAGGAACACGAGACCAAGCUGAAGGAGCAGGCGGGAAAAUUGCAGGAACAAGACUCCGCCAUUUGCAGCAUCCAGAAGCAGAUGAGCGAAUGGGACCAGAAAUUCUCAGAUCUGAACACAGAGGUAGCAAAAUCUCAGGACGUUUUGGCUCGUUCGGUCUUUGCACCCGAACCAUUGCUGAGCUCUCACCCAUCGAACAGAACGUUCACGAGGCCCAGGCUGUCCCAUACAAAAACGCCGAACGCGUAUCUCAUGGAGUUGGAGCGUAAGAGGAAGUCGAGCAUGGAAAUCGAUAUUCCGCAUAAGCUCAGGUUCAUAACUACACCGAAUUUAUCUGGACUGAAUUUGAAAGAUCACGUUAACAUGAAGAUCGACGAGAACAUAACGCAGAACAUUUCGCAGAAUAUAAGACGGGGCCAAUUACCUGGAGAAAAACUGAAGCAGCAUGACGUCGUCGGUGAAUUGGGGAGCUUCAUAAGUUCUUCCAUUGAGGCUAUAUUGAAGAAUCCGCUGACCGGAAUUAAGUCCAGGAAGCGCCGUUCUGCGGAUGACUUGGAUUUGAGUGGUUUAGAUUAAUCACGCUCUCCAUUUAACAAUAAAAACUCAAUGUGAUAAGUGUUAAUGCAACUAUUUUCUAUUAUAGGCAACUAUUUUUAAUUGUAGGCUUCACUAUACAAAAUAGAUUGUUGCAAUAAUUAGAUAUAUACAUAUAUAAUAUACU